AUGGCCGACGAGAUUGUAAUUGACAAAAAUGUCUUUUCCAACCGAUUAUCAAGCUUCUACGCGGCAUGGAAAGCAGACAAGCGUUCAGGCAAUGCUGUGUUUGGUGGCGUGGGCUCGAUAAUCAUUCUCAUGGGGAAGACAGAUGAGGCAAAUUCUUUUCAAAAGAAUAAUGCAAUGCAUUUCUGGCUCCUUGGAUACGAGUUUCCAGCGACUCUCUUGGUGCUCACCACUGAAGUGGUAUAUGUGGUCACUACAGCAAAGAAAGCAAAGCACCUUGAGCCCCUCAAAGGCGGUAAAAUUCCCCUGGAGAUCCUGGUUACUAGCAAAGAACCAGAACAAAAGAAGAAAGUUUUUGAUAAAUGCUUAGAAGCUAUUAGAAAUGCCGGGAAAAAGGUCGGCAUACUUCCCAAAGAUUCGACUACUGGACCCUUCGCAGAUGAUUGGAAACGAGCAUUUGCGGAUGUAUCUGGUGAAUUGGAAGAGGUUGACAUCGCUCCGGCUCUUUCUUCGGCUGCUUUUUCGGUGAAGGAUACCGAUGAAUUGGUCUCGAUACGCAAUGCAUCACGAGCAUGCAGCGGUCUUAUGUCAGAUUACUUCGUUGACGAGAUGUCUCGUUUACUUGAUGAAGAGAGACAAAUGACACACAAAGCGCUGGCCUCUAGAGUUGAUGCCAAAAUCGACGAUGCGAAAUUCUUUAACAAAUUGGAGAAGCUCCCUGCGGAAUUUGAUGCACAGCAAAUUGAUUGGGCCUACGGCCCGGUCAUUCAAAGUGGUGGGAAAUAUGAUCUGAAGCUCACAGCUACGUCGGACAACAGCAACCUCGUACCGGGAAUCAUCAUUGCUGGUUUUGGUAUUCGGUACAAAACUUACAGCUCGAUUAUUGCGCGUACUUACUUGGUAGAUCCGAGCAAGACCCAGGAAGCAAAUUACGCCUUCCUUUUGGACAUACGCGAAGCGAUCAUGAAGGACGUCCGUGAUGGUACCGCUGCUAAAGACUUGUACAACAAAGCAAUCGGCUUGGUUCGCGCCAAGAAACCGGAACUUGAGAACAGCUUCGUCAAGAGUGUCGGCGCUGGGAUUGGGAUAGAACUACGCGACUCCAACAUGAUGCUGAACGGGAAGAACAGCAGGGUACUGAAGAGUGGAAUGACACUCUCAAUCAGCGUCGGACUAACGGACGUCGAAGACUCGAAUGCCAAAGACAAGAAAAACUCAUUUUACUCCAUGGUCGUCACAGAUACCGUACGCGUUGGCGAGAACGGUCCACAUGUUUUCACCAAAGAUGCGGGUAUCGACAUGGACUCCGUCUCUUUUUACUUUGGAGAUGAGGAAGAACAGGAGAAACCGGUCAAGGAGAAAAAAGAGGUUAAAGCCAGUGCCGUUGCUGGUCGGAAUGUCACACGAACAAAGCUCCGUGCCGAACGACCUACGCAGAUCAACGAGGGUGCGGAGGCCCGCCGCCGCGAGCAUCAGAAAGAGCUCGCCUCGAAGAAAACCAAGGAAGGCCUUGAGCGCUUUGCUGGCACGACCGGCGAUGAGAACGGUGUUGCUCAGAAAAAGUUCAAACGGUUCGAGUCGUACAAGCGAGACAAUCAAUUUCCGUUGAAAGUCAAAGACCUCACGAUCUAUGUUGAUCAUAAGGCUUCAACAGUCAUAGUUCCCAUAAUGGGUCGUCCAGUACCAUUUCACAUCAAUACCAUCAAGAAUGCCAGCAAGAGCGAUGAAGGAGAGUAUGCCUAUUUGCGGAUCAAUUUCCUUUCUCCUGGCCAGGGAGUUGGCAGAAAAGACGAUCAACCGUUUGAGGAUCUCUCGGCACACUUUCUGCGUAACCUGACGCUCAGGUCGAAAGACAAUGACCGGCUGGCACAAGUCGCGCAGGAUAUAACUGAGCUUCGAAAGAAUGCUUUGCGGCGUGAGCAAGAGAAAAAGGAGAUGGAGGAUGUGGUUGAGCAAGAGAAGCUGGUUGAGAUUAGAAACCGCCGUCCCGUUAAACUGCCAGACGUCUAUCUAAGGCCUCCAUUGGAUGGCAAGCGCGUUCCUGGAGAAGUUGAGAUCCAUCAGAAUGGCCUGCGCUACAUGUCUCCAUUCCGCAACGAGCAUGUGGAUGUGCUCUUCAGCAAUGUGAAGCACCUUUUCUUCCAGCCUUGCGCUCACGAAUUAAUUGUUCUGAUUCACGUUCAUUUGAAAACGCCUAUCAUGAUUGGCAAGAGAAAAACAAGAGAUGUGCAAUUUUAUCGCGAGGCUACUGAAAUGCAAUUCGACGAAACCGGCAAUCGCAGGCGCAAGCACCGCUAUGGCGAUGAAGAAGAAUUCGAGGCAGAACAGGAAGAAAGACGUCGAAGAGCUGCACUGGAUCGAGAAUUCAAAGCCUUCGCCGAAAAGAUUGCAGAUGCUGGAAAAGACGAGGGCGUUGAUGUGGAUAUUCCGUUCAGAGAAAUAGGUUUCACUGGUGUUCCAAAUCGUUCUAAUGUUCUGAUUCAACCUACCACAGACGCUCUCGUUCAACUGACUGAGCCGCCAUUCCUGGUAAUCACAUUGAACGAGAUUGAAAUUGCUCAUUUGGAAAGGGUUCAGUUUGGUCUGAAAAAUUUUGACCUGGUUUUUGUGUUCAAGGAUUUCCACAGGCCACCGGUUCAUGUUAACACGAUUCCGGUGGAAUCUCUGGAAGCAGUCAAAGAUUGGCUGGAUUCAGUCGACAUUGCGUUCACAGAGGGGCCCUUGAAUUUGAAUUGGACAACUAUAAUGAAGACGGUAGUGAGUGAUCCAUACGGAUUCUUUGCUGAUGGGGGCUGGUCAUUUUUGGCAGCCGAGUCUGAUUCUGAGGGCGAUGACGAUGAAGAAGAAGAGUCGGCAUUCGAACUGUCUGAAUCGGAAUUGGCUGCAGCGGAUGAAAGUUCUGAAGAUGAUAGUGAGUUCGAUGAUGAUGCAAGUGCUGAGGCAAGUGAUGAGGAGGAAUUCAGUGCAGAUGAUGAGAGCGGUGAGGACUGGGAUGAACUGGAAAAGAAAGCUAAGAAAAAAGACCGGGACAAUGGCUUGGAUGAUGGACAAGGGAAAAAGCGAAAGAGGUAG